AUGUCCGAACAACACUCCGUCCCAGUCGGUAAAGCUGCUAAUGAGCAUGAGACUGCCCCUAGAAGAAAUGUCAGAGUCAAGAAGCGGCCCUUAAUUAGACCAUUGAAUUCGUCAGCAUCUACGCUGUAUGAAUUUGCCCUAGAAUGUUUUAACAAGGGCGGGAAACGAGAUGGUAUGGCUUGGAGAGACCUCGUUGAUAUUCAUGAGACAAAGAAAACUAUUGUGAGAAAGGUUGACGGCAAGGAUAAGUCUAUAGAAAAGACAUGGCUGUACUAUGAAAUGACACCAUAUAAGAUGAUGACCUACCAAGAGCUGACCUGGGUGAUGCACGACAUGGGUCGUGGGCUGGCAAAAAUAGGUAUCAAGCCCAAUGGAGAACACAAGUUCCACAUCUUCGCAUCUACUUCUCAUAAAUGGAUGAAGGUUUUCCUUGGUUGCAUAUCCCAGGGUAUCCCCGUAGUAACUGCAUAUGAUACUUUGGGUGAGAGUGGUUUGAUUCAUUCCAUGGUCGAAACCGAGUCUGCUGCUAUUUUCACAGACAAUCUGUUACUGGCCAAAAUGAUAGUGCCCUUGCAAUCUGCCAGGGAUAUCAAAUUUCUAAUCCAUAACGAACCUAUCGAUCCCAGUGACAAGAGACAAAACGGUAAGCUUUAUAAGGCUGCCAAGGAGGCCAUUAAUAAGAUCAGAGAAGUUAGGCCAGAUAUAAAAAUUUACUGUUUCGAAGAAAUCAUCAAGAUAGGUAAAAAAAGUAAAGACGAGGUCAAACUUCAUCCGCCUAAGCCAGAAGAUUUGGCUUGUAUCAUGUACACCUCAGGCUCGAUUAGUGCACCAAAGGGUGUGGUGUUGACUCAUUAUAACAUUGUCUCCGGUAUCGCUGGUGUGGGUCACAACGUUUUUGGAUGGAUUGGUUCUACGGACCGUGUUUUGUCAUUCCUGCCACUGGCUCACAUUUUUGAGCUGGUCUUUGAAUUCGAGGCCUUUUACUGGAACGGUAUUCUUGGGUACGGUAGUGUCAAGACUUUGACUAAUACUUCGACUCGUAAUUGCAAGGGUGACCUGGCCGAGUUUAAACCUACUAUAAUGAUCGGUGUGGCUGCCGUUUGGGAAACUGUGCGGAAAGCUAUUCUAGAAAAGAUCAGCGAUUUGACUCCCGUGCUUCAGAAGAUUUUUUGGUCUGCUUAUAGUAUGAAAGAAAAGAAUGUACCAUGUACUGGAUUUUUAAGUCGUAUGGUCUUCAAAAAAGUCAGACAAGCCACCGGUGGCCAUCUUAAGUUUAUCAUGAAUGGUGGAUCUGCGAUCAGUAUAGACGCUCAAAAAUUCUUUUCCAUCGUCCUGUGUCCCAUGAUUAUCGGUUAUGGUUUAACUGAAACAGUUGCAAAUGCGUGCGUCUUGGAACCUGAUCAUUUCGAAUAUGGUAUCGUCGGUGAUCUCGUUGGGUCGGUCACUGCCAAAUUAGUGGAUGUGAAGGAUUUAGGUUAUUUUGCAAAAAACAACCAAGGUGAAUUGCUACUAAAGGGUGCACCAGUCUGUUCUGAAUACUAUAAGAAUCCAAUAGAAACUGCGGUCUCUUUUACUUAUGAUGGCUGGUUUCGUACUGGUGAUAUUGUUGAAUGGACUCCCAAGGGACAACUUAAAAUUAUUGAUAGAAGAAAGAAUUUGGUCAAAACCCUAAAUGGUGAAUAUAUUGCAUUGGAAAAGUUAGAGUCAGUUUACAGGUCAAACUCCUAUGUAAAAAAUAUCUGUGUUUAUGCCGAUGAAAGUAGAGUUAAACCAGUUGGUAUUGUGGUACCCAACUUAGGACCUUUAUCUAAAUUUGCCGUCAAAUUACGUAUUAUGAAAAAAGGUGAAGACAUCGAAAAUCAUAUUCAUGAAAAGGCCUUACGAAAUGCUGUUUUCAAAGAGAUGAUUACAACAGCCAAAUCUCAAGGUUUGAUUGGUAUUGAACUACUAUGUGGUAUCGUUUUCUUUGAUGAAGAAUGGACACCUGAAAAUGGCUUUGUCACGUCUGCCCAAAAAUUGAAGAGAAGGGAAAUUUUAGCCGCUGUCAGACCGGACGUCGAAAAGGUUUACAAAGAAAACACUUAG